AUCUCAGCUCUCAAGAUGGCCGACGUGGACACUGAGGUGCCUCCUCUUCCACCGCGCUACCGCUUCAGGGACCUGCUGCUGGGAGAUCAGUCCUUUCAGAAUGACGACAGGUAUCAGGAAGAAUACAGUAUGGACUCCACUAAUGCCCAGGUGCAGGUGGAGUUCUAUGUCAACGAGAACACCUUCAAGGAGAGACUGAAGCUCUUCUUUAUCAAAAACCAAAGGUCAAGCUUGAGAAUCCGUCUGUUCAACUUCUCACUGAAGAUCCUCACCUGUGCCCUUUACAUCCUGAGAGUCAGCCUGGACACUCCCAACAGCAACAACUGUUCCAAUUGUCUGAACAGUUGGAACAGUAGCUCCACUAAUUGCACAGAGACACAAGAAAUCAACUGGCAGUUGAUAUUCUGGGUCAACCGAAAGACGCCUGUAUGGGCGAUACAGGUGACAGUGGCCUUAAUCAGCUUUUUGGAGACCAUGCUAAUCACAUAUCUUAGCUAUAAGGGAAACAUCUGGGAACAGAUCUUUCAGGUGUCCUUCAUAUUGGAGAUGAUUAAUACUGUACCAUUUAUAAUCACAAUAUUUUGGCCUCCAUUAAGACAUAUAUUUGUUCCUGUUUUUCUAAACUGUUGGCUUGCCAAAGGAGCCCUGGAGAAUAUGAUUAAUGACUUCCACCGUGCCAUCCAGAGGACCCACUCGGCCAUGUUUAACCAAGUGUUCAUCCUCAUCUGCACCUUACUCUGUCUGGUUUUCACCGGAGCUUGUGGGAUCCAACACUUAGAAAGAGCCGGGAAGAACCUUAACCUUUUUGACUCCUUUUACUUCUGCAUUGUUACCUUCUCAACUGUGGGCUACGGAGACGUCACACCUCAGAUCUGGCCUUCAAAGCUGCUGGUGGUAAUCCUCAUCUGCGUUGCUCUGGUGGUGCUCCCACUACAGUUUGAGGAGCUGGCUUACUUGUGGAUGGAGAGCCAGAAAUUGGGAGGGAACUACAGCCGCCAUCGAGCCCAGACUGAGAAACAUGUGGUCCUGUGUGUCAGCUCUCUGAAAAUCGACCUCCUGAUGGAUUUCCUCAAUGAAUUCUACGCUCAUCCAAGACUACAGGACUAUUAUGUGGUGAUCUUAUGUCCAACGGAGAUUGACAUCCAAGUGCGGCGAAUACUGCAAAUCCCACUGUGGUCGCAGAGAGUCAUCUACCUGCAAGGAUCUGCACUGAAGGACCAGGAUCUGAUGAGAGCAAAAAUGGAUGACGCAGAGGCCUGUUUUAUACUCAGCAGCAGGAACGAGAAAGACCGCAACGCAGCCGAUCAUCAGACAAUUUUGAGAGCCUGGGCAGCCAAAGAUUUUGCACCAAACUGCCCACUCUAUGUUCAAAUCCUCAAACCAGAAAACAAGUUUCAUGUCAAGUUCGCAGAUCAUGUUGUUUGUGAAGAGGAGUUCAAAUAUGCCAUGUUGGCCUUGAACUGUGUAUGUCCAGCCACCUCUACUCUAGUGACUCUGCUGGUUCACACAUCCAGAGGACAAGAAGGGCAGAUGUCUCCGGAGCAGUGGCAAAGAACAUACGGGCGUUGCUCUGGAAACGAGGUCUACCACAUCGUUCUGGGCGACAGUAAAUUUUUUGGGGAGUAUGAUGGAAAGAGCUUCACCUACGCAUCCUUCCAUGCACAUAAAAAGUAUGGCGUGUGUCUGAUUGGGGUCAAAAGGGAGGAUAACAAGAGUAUCAUGUUAAAUCCUGGCCCUCGUCAUAUCAUGGCUGCCACUGACACCUGCUACUACAUCAACAUCACAAAGGAGGAGAACUCAGCAUUUAUUUUCAAACAAGAAGAAAAGCACAACAAGGGUCUGCCCGGGACCGGGAUCUACGAUGCCCCCUCCAGGCUGCCAGUGCACAGCAUCAUUGCCAGCAUGGGAACUGUAGCUAUAGAUCUGCAAAAUCCAGACCCACCAGAGGACAAAGGCAGGCUGACGUUACCCACAGAAAAUGGUGCUGGGAGUCGAAGGCCGAGCAUUGCACCAGUCUUAGAAAUCGCUGACUCUUCUGCUGUUCUACCCUGCGACCUCCUCAGUGACCAAUCAGAGGACGAGACCAACCAAUCAGAUGAGGAGGGCUCCGUGGGAUCAGAUUUUGUAAAGGGCUACCCUCCAAAUUCUCCGUAUAUUGGCAGCUCCCCAACUCUGUGUCACCUCCUGCCACAAAAGGCUCCAUUCUGUUGCCUCUGUCUAAACAGGAGCUGUCCACACUAUACUUUUGUGGAUGCGAAGGCAUACGGCUUCAAGAAUAAGCUGAUAAUAGUUUCUGCAGAAACGGCAGGGAAUGGACUCUACAACUUUAUUGUACCACUGAGAGCUUAUUAUCGACCAAGGAAGGAGCUCAACCCCAUAGUGUUGCUGCUCGACAACGAACCCGAGCACCACUUCUUAGAGGCCAUUUGCUGCUUCCCGAUGGUUUACUUCAUGGCAGGCACAAUUGACAACUUGGACAAUCUGCUGCAGUGUGGAAUAAUCUAUGCGGACAACCUGGUGGUAGUGGACAAGGAGAGCACCAUGUGUGCGGAGGAGGACUACAUGGCCGAUGCCAAAACCAUCGUCAAUGUCCAGACUAUGUUUAGACUGUUCCCCAGCCUCAGCAUCAUCACUGAACUCACCCAUCCCUCCAACAUGAGGUUUAUGCAGUUCAGGGCGAAAGACUGCUACUCUCUGGCACUGUCCCGACUGGAGAAGAUUGAAAGAGAUAAGGGCUCAAACCUGGCCUUCAUGUUCCGCCUGCCUUUUGCUGCUGGAAGAGUCUUCAGUAUCAGCAUGUUAGACACUCUCCUUUAUCAGUCAUUUGUGAAGGAUUACAUGAUUGCAAUUGCAAGGCUUCUUCUUGGUCUGGACACCACACCUGGCUCCGGUUACCUCUGUGUUAUGAAGAUCACUGAAGAGGAUCUGUGGAUCAGGACUUAUGGGAGACUUUUCCAGAAGCUCUGCUCCUCAAGCGCUGAGAUCCCCAUCGGGAUCUACCGCACAGAGUCUCAUGAAUUCUCCACCACAGAGGGUAAGGACAGCUAUGCACAGUCUCAGAUGUCUAUUAAUGUGGAGCAAGGCCAAGAGCAACGUGAGCAUGGCGAGACCUGGAAGGAGAAGACCGCACAUCGCAACUCCAACACGAGUGACCAAUCAGAGCACCCACUGCUGAGGAAGAAGAGCAUGCAGUGGGCCAGGAGGCUGAGCAGGAAGACCGCCAAACCAGCGAGCAGAGCCGAGCGCUUCUCCCAACAGAGGCACAACCUGUACCGGCGCUCUGAGAGGCAGGAGCUGUCUGAGCUCGUCAAGAACCGCAUGAAGCACCUUGGUCUGCCCACAGUGGGAUACGAAGAUGUUUCUAAUCUCACUGCGAGCGAUGUCAUGAAUCGAGUAAAUCUAGGAUAUUUGCAAGAGUUGCAGGACAUUUCAGAGCAUCCAUAUACAGAGGGGACCAAGCCGUCAGGGCCAAAAGCAGAUGAGCUGAAUGACCAUCAAAACACACUCUCCUACGUCCUGAUAAACCCGCCACCAGACACCAUGCUGGAGCUCAAUGAUAUUGUGUACAUCAUACGACCGGACCCUCUCGCUCACAUGCCUGAGGACUCCCAGGUGGGACAGCCGCGAGCGCCAACAAGGCAUCAGCAGGACUUAAGCACAGAGACCAGGGACGAGACGCACCUCUGAGACCCCACUCCACCCCCCUGCCUUGUUUGACUGUUAACGUCUGACUCCAGGGAGUGAACUGCUCAAAGUGAAUGUGCAUUACUCGUAUCUCACUCCGGACAGUGAAGACAAACCACUGAGCUGCUACAGGAGGAAGCAUGGAGAGUGCCUCGUCAUCCUCACCUCAUCUUGUGUACUUGCACCUCACCAUCUCGGACAGGGAGAAUAAAGGUGUUGACGAUUUUAGACUGAAAUUAAAGCUUUUUUUUUAUGUUUCUUACCUUCUGAGUAAGUUUAAGUACCCUGCUCACUUUGUAUGAAUCACGUUGGCAAGGAACUGGGUAAAUGCUUAGAAUGUAAAGUUGUUAAAGCAUUUCUAAAGAUGGAUCUGUACAUUUUUAAGUAACGAAAUCAGACAGGAUUUCAUUUUCUUUAAGAGCACAAACUUUACAGCAGUCUUCUGGGAACACACACUGUAGUGGCACUUUAUCAGCCAUAAACACAGCAUUGUUCUAUUCUUUUCUAUAUCUUGUAAAAUAAUGAUUUCUCUAUUUUAUGUGCCAUGUUUCAUAAGCUAAUUGCUUUUAUUUAUGUUUGUAUUGGUUUUGUGUGAAGAGAUUAUGAAGGGCAACAAACAGUUAAUCUGUAUUUUAUCAACAAUAUUGUGGCCAGUAAGUACAAUAAAUGUGAAUGAAAACACAAAAGAUCAAUGUUAAUAUAGUUUAAGGCCCAUGUUGCAUUAGUGUACCACAUUUAAUUUCUCUUUGACAUUGUAUUCAUAUUUAAAUGGUGCAAUGCUUUGUUUGUGGGUUUUGAUGUUAUUCUUAGUUAACAGUGAAAUAUUGGUCACAUGUUAUGUUUAUCUUGUUAUGACUAAAUUAGAUAACGGUGUUAUUUUGAUCUGCAGAAAUGCGGUUUCACUAGUAGCAGUAUAAUUUUGCACAAAGAUCAUCACUUAUGUUUUGUACUUAAGCUGUAAAUGAAGCGCUCUCCUCAAAUUGUAUUGGCCGCACUUGGGUUUAUUACAGUGUGACUUUGUGCUCUAUUUAUCAUUAUUUAUUAUUCCAUCAUUGUAUUUGGUUGGAUCUUUGUACAUAUGGAGCAGAGUUCAUCCUGUUUUUUUUGUUUUUGAAAGGACUUGAAAUAUUUUGCACUAAGCUCUGUGGAAUGAGCUUUAUAGCAUGACCCUUUAAUCUGAAUCCACACAUAGAUAACAGUAUUCAAUCAAUGUGAACAGUCACAUGUUUGUACUUGCAAAUUUUGAUGUCAGUUUGAAGUUGUUUCAAAGGACAGAUUAAGCUUCAUGAUUUAUAUUUAUCAAGUGUUUUUUGUUGAAUUGGUUUGCCCUAAAACAGUUCUUGUACAAGAGACAGUUCUUAAACAGAGUCAGGAGAGAUGGAGUGUAGAUGACCAAAAGAAGGAAAAGUUCCAUUUGAUGAUCCAUUAACUGGUCUUCCAGUCUUUGUGGUCCACAGCUCCACUCCUAAGGCCUAUACUUCAGAACCACUAGGGCAUGUUACACUAAAAGCAUGUUUUAAUAUUCUGCUUGUCUGAAAGGAUCAUUUGAACAUUGAAGACAUCUCUCAUGAUGUCAUGCAGUUAAAGAAACCAAUAGUUGGUCAAAUGCCUGUAAUAAAAACAUUCUUUGAUACUGUGUAUUUAUAUGAAUGGAACAUGCAUGUCUAGGUGUCAUACCUACGUUUACCUUCAUUUUCUGUUUUUUGAAUCAUUGUCUAAAA